AUGUCUAAUGCAUGGGGAAAAGCAUUGGAUCAAGCAAGCAUUGUAAAGGCUAGCUUCAAUGAUCUAGAGAGAGCCUCGAUCAAGGCUACUAGACACAAGAUGAGAGUGCCCAAAGAGAAGCAUGUCAGACGUUUGAUCAACUACACAAAUGAGCGUGUGGGUCCAAUCGGUGAUCUCUACAUGUCACUACUCAAGAGGCUUGAACAACCUGAUUGGAUUAUCGUAUUGAAGACACUUGUAGUAUUCCAUCGAUUGUUCCAACAAGGAAGCGGGAGAUUCAUAGAAGAUCUCUCUCACAGAGGCAUGGUGUUCCCUUUGGUCAGAUUCACAGACAUGACAUCUACACAGGCUCACCAACAGUCAGUGUUCAUUAGAAAGUACUCUACUUAUCUAGAGGAGAAGAUAUUCGCAUAUCGCGAGAGCAAGCUCGAGUUUGAGAAGGAGUCAUAUAGCUCAAAGGGACUGUCCAUCGAGCAACUACUCAAUAGAAUACCAAAGAUGCAGAGACAGUUUGAUGCCCUGAUGGGCACACAUGUAGAUGAGGUCUGUGACAACAUCAUCACAAUCAACGCCUUUGAAUUGCUUCUCAAGGACAGCUUCAAGAUGUACUGUAAUUUAAAUGAUGCCGUAUUGAAUGUAUUGGAACAAUACUUCAACAUGACAAAGAGAGAUGCAACAACAGCACUGGGCAUCUACAAGACAUUCAUGAGAGAGACCAAUGAUAUCAUCAACUUCUUUGAUGCAUCUAGACGCAAGUUCCACAUUGAACUUCCACAUCUGACACCUGCACCAGCUACAGUCAUCAAGGGUCUGGAAGAGUACCUGCGAGACUUGGACGAUGAAGUCACCAAGACACCAAACAAGACGACCACAGGCAAUCGACAGAACCUUGGAUCACAAAUCAAGUCAUCCAGUCAGUUUGAGAACUCAAAGAAGAUUAUGGAUGAUGCACCUCUAAUCAACUUUGAUGAUGACCUGUUCAGUUCAGCACCUCCUCAACAGACUAUGCCACAGUAUCAACAACAACAACAGUUCCAACAACAACAACAACAACAGCCACAACUUUAUCAACAACAACAACAACAACAACAGUACCAACAACAACAACAGAACCAAUUCGCACCGGUUCAAAGGAAACAAUCACAAGCAUUCGAUCCACUUGAUCCAUUUGCAGUGACAACAUCACAACCACUCUCACCAAUUAGACAACCAAACCAACAACAUCAGCAACAGCAACAAAUGAUAAGGAGUGCAGGCGCACCCAUUGGAGCACUGUCCAACAAUCCAUUCGAUCAGAAGGCAUUGCAGAUCAAGGCUGCCUUUGAGUCCUCGUCGGCGCCCUCCACCUCAUCUUCUGGCUCAAUGAUGGCACUGAAUCAUAAUGGCAGCAACAUCAACUUGGGCAUGAUGAACAAUCAGAUGAUGGUACCAAUGAACAACAACAACAAUAUGAUGAUCAACAGCGGUGGAUUGAACAAUAUGGGAGGAAUGGGAAUGAACAACAACAUGAACAGUGGAGGCAUGGUCAUGCAACCAACGAUGGGCAUGGGUAUGCAGCAGCAGCUCCAGCCUCAGCAAAUGAUGAACAACAAUAUGCAGUUGGUUCCUCUUGGCAUGAAUCAACAAAUGAACAGGAUGCAACCUCAGCCAAUGAUGAACAACAACAUGAACAGUGGAGGCAUGGUAAUGCAACCAACGAUGGGCAUGCAACAACCCCAACAAAUGAUGAACAAUGGAUUCAAUCCAAACAUGCAGCAACAGAAUCCAUUCGCAAUGGGCAACAUGCAGCAACCCAACAUGAUGAUGCAACAACAACCAAUGGGUAUGAUGCCACAGCAGCAGCAGCAAAUGAAUAUGAACAUGAAUAUGCAGUACAUGCAGCAACAGCAACAGCCUCAGCAACGCCAACAAGUUCAGAAUAUCUACUUCUAA